AUGAAAAAUCCCAACUAUCAAAAGUGGAGCAACUUUUUCACAAUUACUGUCGGUCGUUUCUGUCUCUCCCAUCUUCUCCAUGGAAAACCCCGACCGGAUCCAAUUUCCGCCGAUGAAUGGCAACGCGCCAACUAUCUUCUCCAAUCUUGGAUCUACGGCACCAUCUCCGAUGAUUUGUCCAGCAUGGUUCUCUCUGAAACCUCCACCGCCAGUGAUCUAUGGACGGCCAUCUCUUCUCUCUUCACCGAUAAUAAAGAUUAUCGGGCCAUUCAACUUGAAGAAAAACUCAAGUCCCUCAAGAAAGGCACUCUCUCCAUUCACGAUUAUUGCCAAAUAAUCAAAACCACGGCGGACAGCUUGGCCGAUGUCGGAAAUCCAAUCUCCGACAAACAACUCGUCCUCCAAACCCUACACGGCCUUUCAAAAAAUUACGGGACUGUCGCCAAUCUCAUCUCCUUUCAGAAUCCCCUUCCCACUUUUCGACAAACUCGAUCGCUUCUUCAAAUGGAAGAAACAAGACUUGCUGAACCUGAGCAGAUUGCUGCUGUUUUCUACGCCUCCAACGCGAACUGUCCAUCUAACAGUUGCAACAGUUCCCGCAGAGGUGGUUCUUCGCGCUAUCAGCGCGGGGGUGGCCGAUCCAACCGUCGCGGAGGUCGCGGCACUAACCGUCACCCCAUGCAGCACUACGGCUACCAUAGUGCUCAUAGCCCAUCUCAACUCUGGUGCGCGCCUUACCGACAACCGUCGUUCCCGUCAAUUCUAGGACCCGCUCCAAAUACAUCGGGCCACCCAUCCACUCCGGCUGCUAAAGCCUACUUUACUGGACCACCUGAACCCUACACCGACCACUCGGCCCCUCCUCAGGUUCAUCCGCACCAGCAGCCAUGCCACAGCUCUAACAGUUCCAUGAACAGUUGCAACAGUUCUUGCAACAGUGCCAACGUGGUGGAUCUAGCAAAUCCUUUGAAUACGGUGACACUUGAGCAGCCUACUGAGUCACAGUGGUUCAUGGACAGCGGGGCGACCUCUCAAAUGGCACCACACUCAGGUAAUUUCAACAUUGUUUUUAAUCUUAGUAGUAAUUUCCCCAAACAUGUCGUCGUCGGUAAGGGUUCCACCCUCUCCAUCACCCAUAUAGGCCACACAAUUCUUCCCGGCCACCACUCAUUUUCCGCCUCACAAAUGUCUAUGUCACACCCAAUAUCAUCAAACACCUUAUCUUUGUUCGAAAGUUCACCCGCGAUAACUCAUGUUCGGUUGAAUUUGACCCUUUUGGUUUUUCUGUGA